AUGGGCGUCAGUCGUGACUCAAUGCACAAGCGCCGUGCCACCGGCGGCAAGCGGCCAAUUACCCGAAAGAAGCGAGCUUUCUUGAAGGCCCGGCCACAGGCCAUGACCUCCCUCAAGCCUGAGCGAGUUCAUAACGUCCGAACUCGAGGUGGAAACACCAAGUACCGAGCACUUCGACUCGACCAGGGAUCGUUCUCCUGGGCUACCGAGGCCGUAUCCCGAAAGUGCCGAAUCAUCGACGUUGUCUACAACGCCUCGAACAACGAGUUGGUCCGAACCAAGACCCUCGUCAAGGGCGCCAUCGUCACCGUCGAUUGCGCUCCAUUCCGACAGUGGUACGAGUCGCACUAUGCCACUCCCCUUGGCCGAAAGAAGAACGCCAAGCUCUCCGCCGAAGAAGAAGCCGCUCUCGACAUCUCCAAGCGAUCCAAGAGCACCCAGGUCAAAUUCACCGAGCGACAGAAGCAGGCUGAAGUUAACCCCAACCUCUCCGAGCAGUUCGGACAAGGUCGACUCCUCGCCCGAGUCUCCUCCCGACCUGGACAGUGCGGCCGAUGCGACGGCUACAUCCUCGAAGGCAAAGAACUCGAGUUCUACGUCCGAAAGCUCAAGGCCAAGAAGUCCAAGUAA